UGACACUUAGUUAAAGCCAAACUAUUUCAGGGUCAAGGAGCUGGCAUUGAAGAAAUCACAUAAAAUCUCCCGCUGACUUGCUCAUACAGCUCAUACUGUUUGUUAAGCUGGUGGACACUUGCUUGAAUGUAGCUGACAAUGUCAGAUCAACACAUCAUGCCAUGGGUCAUUUGUUCAUGUCUGUUUUCUGCAGUAACUUUGGCAGUGCUGUAUCUAAAAAGAAAAAUGAAUGGAUUUCUGCCGGGCAACAGAUUUGCUCCAAGCCUCCCCUCACUGCCUAUCAUUGGGAGUAUUCUUAGUCUCAGGAGUGACGUUGCUCCACACAUCCACUUUCAGCAGCUUCAGAAGAAAUAUGGAAAUCUUUAUUCCCUCAUGAUGGGUUCCCACAAAGUUCUUAUUGUGAACAACCAUCAUCAUGCAAAAGAGGUCCUGAUCAAAAAAGGAAAAAUAUUUUCAGGAAGGCCAAGAACUGUUACAACAGACUUGUUAACUCGAGGUGGAAAAGACAUUGCAUUUGCCGACUACAGUUCCACAUGGAAGUUCCAUCGGAAGAUGGUGCAUGGGGCUCUCUGCAUGUUUGGCGAGGGAUCGGUUUCCAUUGAGAAGAUAAUUUGCAGAGAGGCGAGCUCCAUGUGUCAAGUUCUGACUAAUACUCAGAACAGUGCAGUGGAUCUGGCACCAGAGCUGACACGUGCCGUCACAAAUGUGGUUUGUGCCCUGUGUUUCAGCUCCUCAUAUAAACGUGGGGAUGCUGACUUUGAGUCUAUGCUCCAGUACAGCCAGGGAAUCGUAGAUACGGUUGCUAAAGACAGCUUGGUGGAUAUUUUCCCAUGGCUGCAGAUAUUCCCUAAUAAAGACCUCAGCAUCUUAAGACAAUGUGUUUCCAUCAGAGACAAACUGCUUAAAAGAAAAUACGAGGAGCACAAGUUGAAUUACAGUGAUAACAUCCAACGCGACCUGAUGGAUGCGCUGUUGAGGGCCAAGCGCAGUUCUGAGAAUAACAACACGCAUGAUGUUAGUUUGACUGAAGAUCACAUUCUAAUGACAGUGGGGGACAUUUUUGGGGCAGGGGUGGAAACCACUUCCACUGUCCUGAAAUGGUCAAUAGCAUACCUAGUCCAUAAUCCACAGGUGCAAAAAAAGAUUCAGAAGGAGCUAGACGCAAAGAUUGGUAAAGACAGACACCCUCAGCUCGGUGACAGAGGAAAUUUGCCUUAUCUCGAGGCCACUAUAAGAGAAGUGCUAAGAAUCCGACCCGUUUCCCCGCUCCUGAUCCCUCACGUGACACUUCAGGACUCCAGUGUGGGAGAGUAUACUGUGCAGAAAGGGACACGAGUCAUUAUUAACCUGUGGUCUAUUCACCAUGACGAGAAAGAGUGGAAAAAUCCGGAGCUGUUCGACCCUGAAAGAUUUUUGAAUGAGCAGGGCGAUGGUUUGCGCUGUCCCUCAGCAAGCUACCUGCCUUUCGGCGCUGGAGUGCGCGUUUGUCUGGGCGAAGCUCUGGCAAAGAUGGAGCUCUUUCUCUUCUUGGCAUGGAUUUUGCAGAGGUUUAGUCUGGAGAUGCCCACUAGCCAGCCUCUGCCUGAUCUCCAGGGCAAGUUUGGUGUGGUUCUUCAACCCAUAAAAUUCAAGGUCAUUGCUAAACUUAGAAAGGACUGGGAAAAUCUUCCUCAGAUGUGCUAAGUAAAUUUGAUCUGUGUAUUUUCUACUCCUGUUUUUAUUCCUGAUACAUUUGUAAAUAUUUUU